GGUUAUUUGUAACGUGCGAAUAUAAUCGGCAGCUCGUUUCAUUGUUACAGAAUACAGAGUAAGGCAGGUGAUAUUUUUGAGGACAGAAGGAUGGACAACACCACUGCAGUCAAUCCUCGCCGGAGAUAUAACUUGUCAGAUAUCCAGUUUCCGCGGCGGAAGAUUAAAUCUUCUACCUCAAUCCCCAAACCCUCUUUUCAGUUCUUUACAAGGCUACCUACAGAGCUUCAGCUCAUGAUAUGGGAUUUCUGGCGUGAGCAGAAGGGCGUGGUCAGACACUUCAUUAUCUAUCGUACAGAAGGCCCUUGUUAUGGAGCAUACGACGUAAACCUACGAAGGUUCAUCACGGAGGAGGGCUCUGUUGAUCCCAUGAAUGUCAAGAUUAACCUCAAGGUUUCUAAACACCCAGUAAGAAGGUUCAAUGAAUGGCAAACAAUGGAUCGUUCUUUCGGUCGGAGACCUCCUUCUGUAAAGACGAAAUCAUCAUUUGCCUGGGUCAACUUCGAGAAGGAUGUGUUCUUCACAUACGAUAUGCUUCCACACUGGUGGAGAUCUCGGUACUUUUCCUUUGGCAUACACUACAGUGAUUGGUGGCGGUAUGCCCAACGUUUAACUCUCUGUGUAAACAAAGAACCCGAUCAGAAAUUCUAUAAGUACCUCCCUGAUGAACUUGCUUCUAUAAAAACUAUCUCUAUCCUACACCUAGAUCCGAUAAAACAUAGAUCACACCUAAGCGAACUGCUAGGGAAGAGAUCCCUGCUUUAUUGGGAAAUGCGAUACCGUCUCCAGCAUACGAUUGAAGAGAUCUUUACCCGCGACGAAGGCCUAAUCACCAAGACAGUUGUUGCUAAGCAAGUUGAAAGCUGCUUUCGUAUAAGGGACCGGAAAAUUGACAUCGAGAUCGUCUAA